CCGCCCAAGACUGGUUAUUCCUCCUCCAACUCUCGACUGCCCGAGUGCACGUGAUGUUGUAUAGUCAUCUAAAUUCUUGAGCCGCAAGAAUUAGUGUAAGGCAUGCACUGAACAAAGGGACGGUCAAACGAGAUGAACACGGCCACUUUGAAAAAUGCGGCCCUUUUCUCAACCUUUUUCUUCUUCUUCUCGGCAGGCGUCGAAUACGGCGUUUUCCUGCCGAAUGCGGUGGAAUAUUUGCACUCGAUCGGCGUCCAACGCGAAGCCGUAUUAGGCGUCGUUUUGGCAUGUUAUUGGUUUGGCUGCUGUGUCUCGACAAAAGUUCUGCUGUGGCUGCUUGACUCAAAUUACCAAUUGCGGCCGCUGCUUUUCGCCUGUUGUGUUCUCUACCUUGCCAGCGGACUCAUGUACUUGUUUGCACCGUCACUAUGGGCUAUCAUCUUCAGCAAGUUCUUCUCAGGUCUCGGCGCGGGCUCGCUGUUUGCCAUAAAAAAAGAUUUGUCAGGGAGCACUGGCGCCGACGAGUUCGCCGUCCUGCAGAAGUGGCUGCACCUGAGCGUGGCCCUUGGCUGGUUGGUGUCGCCCGUCUUUGGCCUGCUGUCCGAUUUGGCCACCCGCUCCACCGCGUCCAGCAACGAAGCGGCUGUGGUCACGUGCGCGCUGUUCGUUCUUUGCGCCGUCCUCACGCUGCUCGGCUUCACGCAUCUCGCGCGCAACCUCCGUCUUUGCAGACUCCGAGACACCUUAGCGCUCGCCUACGAGAAGAAGCAGCCGCACAACAAUAAAAGCUACGGAUCUAUCAGACCAAACGAUUCUGGCGACUUGCUGAGUUUUGAUGGUGACCAAUCGACUGAGAGUUGCUCUAUAAUUUUUGCCCGAGACGAUCUGUCCACGCCAGUGAGCGCCCUCAGGUCUUCCAGCGUCAUCAGCUUGCAGCACAAACAAGCGGCCGCCAGUCAGUCGCGGCGGCCGAAACAGACCGACUUGCUAACCGAGUCCGACGAAUUGCUGGAAACGGCCGAAGACUUCAUGGGCACUGAGUCGCGACUGCCGCUGCGAAUUUCGCAAAUCACCUUAGCUGACUCCAAGAACAACCUUUGUUCGCCUUCUGUGUCCACGCCGGGCAACCCUCUCAACGAGACUGACUGCGAGACUGCGCCAGACUUUAGCAGAAUCGCCAAUAAAAAACCUGUGAGCUCAUUAUGCGCCAAGAAUCAUACAAACUGGUUGUGCCCCCAACUUCUCACAGCAUUUCUCUUCGGAAGUCUACAGGCAAUGUUGACACCCUUGACUGAAUACUAUUUCCUCUUUGGCACAAUGGAAAAUUCUGUUGCUCAACUUCUGGUUUCCACUUUUGGCCUGCUGCCCUCCCUGGUCAUUCCCAAAAACUCAAACUACUUGAGAUUCUUCACAGUUCUUGGUUGCGUUGUUGGUAUUUUUGCCACAGCCGGAUUGCUCAUCAUUGGACCAGGUACGAUGGACAACAUUGUAAACUUUGCCAGCUGCAUCUUGACCCUGGCCGUUUCAUGUGGCAUUUUGUUUGCCACUUGCGGCCCAAAAAUCAGGCAACAAUACCUGCUGACGGAAGAGCAGGAAGGCUGGCUGUGGUGCUUGGGCCUUGUAAUUGGUCCCUUGUGGACGGGCAGUACUGUCGGACAGCCAAAAGUCAUGCACUGUGGACACUUAAUUGUACUCAUCCUAGGUCUUGCCAGUUGCUUGUUCUAAUAGUCUGAAUUAAAUUAAUAAAGAUUUAAUUUUCCUGUUUAACUUUCACAUGUUGGAAUUAAAUUUUGAUACAAUAAAACCAAAGACCAAAA